CACACAAUCAGGGACACCUCCUCUCUCCCCAUCUUUCCGUGCACGCCGGGGCUUAACGCGGGUACCCGCGUACAGAUUGCGACUGACUGAGGCUGUGUGCGCAUCCUCAUCAUCCUCAUCAGUGAAGACAUCCUCUCUUCCGGGGCUUCGGGGGGGGAAUUUCGGGAAUAUGCUACCUCUCACUUCUUCGGGGGACCAAGAAGUGGAAGUGACCACGGGGGACGCCGCCAUCCAAACGGGAACGACGGAAGUUUUGCCCCAUUGAGGCUCCUGUUGGAUUGCGUUACUGCAUGGAGGAGGUACAAGUGCGAUAGAGGCUGGUUGUGUUAUAAGCGAGGAGCUGCACGGUUCAGCAUUGCCAUCGCAGGCGUGCAGAUUUUCUCCCUCCUCCUCCUCCUCCUCAUCAUCCUCCUUUGCUUCUCCGCUCGGAUGCUGCCCGCCGUCUGCGGCUUUCGCGCCUCUCCUCUCGGACACGAUAUGAUUUAACGCCAGGAGGGUCCACUUCCACCCACCCCACCCCCUUUCCAUCCUAUAGUGAAGAACUACAUGGACUAAACGAGAAGAUUUCCUCCUUUUUUCUUGGGAUCUGCUUUGAUUUUUUUUUCCCAACAGGGAGGAGACUACGGCAUCUAUUUGGACAACAUGCGAGUUCUUUGGGCUAUGUUGCUUAUGGCCGGCAUUUGGAGCCAGGAGUGGAAGUGUGCGCUCUCAGACUCCAUCAUCCACAUCGGCGCCAUCUUCGACGAGUCGGCGCGGAAGGACGAUGAAGUGUUUCGCCUGGCGGUGGCGGACCUCAACCUGAACAACGAGAUCCUGGAGACGGAGAAGAUUACCAUCUCUGUGGAAUUUGUGGACGGGAACAACCCUUUCCAGGCUGUGCAAGAAGCCUGUGAGCUGAUGAACCGCGGCAUCCUGGCCCUGGUCAGCUCCAUCGGCUGCAUGUCGGCAGGGAGCCUCCAGACGCUGGCCGACGCCAUGCACAUCCCGCACCUCUAUGUCCAGCGCUCCGCGGGGGGCACGCCUCGCUCGGCCUGUCCGGCCACGAGCCGCGGUCACGGGACCGACGACUACACACUGAUGGUGCGCCCGGCCGUUCAUCUCAACGAGGUCAUCAUGCAGGUGGUGUCCGAGUACAGCUGGCAGAAGUUUGUGCUCUUCUACGACUCGGAUUUUGAUAUCCGCGGCAUCGAGGACUUCCUGGACAGCGCCUCCCACCAGGGCAUGGACGUGUCCUUGCAGAAGGUGGAGUCCAACGUCAACAUGAUGAUCACCAGCCUGUUCAGGACCAUGCGAGUUGAGGAGCUGCAUCGAUACAGAGACACGCUGCGCAGAGCCGUGUUGUUCAUGAGCCCGGCCACCGCCAAGGCGUUCAUCUCCGAGGUGGUGGAGACCAACUUGGUGGCUUUUGACUGCCACUGGAUCCUCAUCAACGAGGAGAUCUCCGACUACGACCUUCAGGACUUGGUGCUGAAGUCGGUGGGCCGGCUGACGGUGGUGCGUCAGACCUUCCCCAUGCCACAGAACACCACCCAGCGCUGCGUCAAACACAACCACCGAAUUAACACGUCCCUCUGCGACCCCAAGAACACCAAGUCUCAGCAGCUGGAGAUCACCAACCGCUACAUCUAUGACUCGGUACUGCUGCUGGCCAACACCUUCCACAGGAAGCUGGAGGACAGGAAGUGGCACAGCAUGGCCAGUCUGAGCUGCAUCAGGAAAAACGCCAAACCUUGGCAAGGAGGGAAGAGCAUGCUGGAUACCGUAAAAAAGUUUGGUGUUAGCGGACUCACCAGCUUCCUGGAGUUCACCGACAACGGCACCAAUCCCAACAUCUUCUUUGAAAUCCUGGGAACAAACUAUGGCGAGGACCGAGGGCGUGGAGUCAGCAGGCUGGCCACGUGGGAUCCAGUCCACGGCCUGAAUGGUACUUUGACGGACAGGAAGUUGGAAAACAACAUGCGAGGAGUGGUGCUGAGAGUCGUCACGGUCUUGGAGGAGCCCUUUGUGAUGGUCUCUGAGAACGUUCUGGGCAAACCCAAGAAGUACCAGGGCUUUUCUAUCGACGUCCUCGAUGCCCUCGCCAACUACUUGGGCUUCAAGUACGAGAUCUACAUCGCCCCAGACCACAAGUAUGGCAGCUUGCAGCCCGACGGACAGUGGAACGGACUGAUGGGGGAACUGGUUUUUAAGCGGGCCGAUGUCGGACUCUCCGCCCUGACCAUCACGUCGGAGCGUGAGAGCGCGGUGGACUUCACCAUGCGCUACAUGGACUACUCCGUGGGUGUCCUGCUACGCAAGGCCGAGCGCACGGUGGACAUAUUCGCCUGCCUGGCGCCCUUUGACUUGUCGCUGUGGGCGUGCAUCGCGGGCACCGUGCUGCUGGUCGGCAUCCUGGUCUACUUGCUCAACUGGCUCAACCCGCCCCGAUUGCCCAUGGGGUCCGUGUCGUCAACCACUCUAUACAACUCCAUGUGGUUUGUGUACGGAUCCUUCGUACAGCAAGGCGGAGAGGUGCCCUACACCACCCUGGCAACAAGAAUGAUGAUGGGCGUUUGGUGGAUGUUCGCUCUCAUCGUCAUCUCCUCCUACACGGCCAAUUUAGCAGCCUUCCUGACCAUCACACGUAUAGAAAACUCCAUACAGUCCCUGCAGGACCUGUCCAAGCAGACCGAGCUUCCUUACGGCACCGUGUUGGACUCUGCCGUGUACGACCAAGUGCGCUCCAAGGCCAUGAACCCUUUUGAGAGAGAUCCCAUGUACUCGCAGAUGUGGCGGAUGAUCAACCGCACGGGAGGCGCAGAGAACAAUGUGGAGGAGUCCAAGGAGGGCAUCCGAAAGGUGAAGUACGGCCGAUUCGGCUUUGUGUGGGAUGCGGCCGUGCUGGAGUACGUGGCCAACAACGACGAGGAUUGCUCCUUCUACACGGUGGGCAGCAACACGCCGGACCGCGGCUACGGCAUCGCCAUGCAGCACGGCAGUCCCUACCGAGACAUUUUCUCCCAGAGAAUCUUGGAGCUUCAGCAGAACGGUGACAUGGAUAUACUCAAACUCAAGUGGUGGCCAAGGGACAGCCCCUGUGACCUGUACAGUUCGGCCCAGUCACGGCAACACAGCAGUGCUCUGGACAUCCAUAGUUUUGCCGGCGUCUUCUGCGUCCUGGCGGCCGGCGUGGUGCUCUCCUGUCUCAUAGCCAUGGUGGAAAGCUGGUGGUCACGGAGGAAGGGAUCCAGAGUCCCCUCCAAGGAGGACGAUAAGGAGAUCGACCUGGAGCACCUACACCGCAGGGUUAACAGCCUGUGCACAGAGGACGAAAGCCCCCACAAGCAGUUCUCCACCUCUUCCGUCGAUCUGACGCCCCUCGAUAUGGAUGCGCUGCCCGCCGCCCGCCAGGCCUUAGAGCAGAUAAGCGAUUUUCGCAACACGCACAUCACCACCACCACCUUCAUCCCUGAGCAGAUCCAGACCCUCAGCCGCAGCCUGUCCGCCAAAGCCGCCGCCGGGUUCUCCGCUGGCUUCGGCAGCGGCGGCGGAGUGGGACUCCAGGACCAUCGGACUGGUGGGGUCGGCCCUUUCAGGCAGAGGGCCCCCAACGGCGGCUUCUUCCGCAGCCCCAUUAAAACAAUGUCCUCCAUCCCCUACCAGCCCACUGGCCCUGGACCUAACUUUGGAUACGGCAACGACCCAGACAGGGGUACUUCCAUAUAAGGUGCUUGGAAUGCGGUUGGUUUGUUCAGGGGGAUUAUGAGAGGGUUAUGGGAAGAUGAUGGGGCUUAUGAAAUAAACACAAUGUUAGGGAGUUAGCGGAUAGACAUCUGUGUACAUACGAUCUUCUACCGUUUCAGUUUCUGCUCGGGUGAUUCCAUUUUGUAUGAGAGAUGCUGGAGGUGGUGUUCUGCUUGAACAUUCCUUUUCGGUAUAAGUUGUUUUUUUUUGCUUUAUCGAUGUCGUUCUUGUGAUUGCUUGGGGGGAUUCUUUUGGGAGUGUGUGAUCUUUUUGUUUGAUAACACGAGGAUUGCCUCGUAUUCUGGAGAUGAACUGACUCCUAUUCCUGUCUAAAACCGCCCCUGAAUUUACUCCUCAUGGCUGGAUUCACAAACGUGUUUGAAUCCUUAGGACAAGACUCCUCUAACUUCACCACCACAUUGCUCAAUUUCCCCUUCCCACUCCAAAUGUCCAAUUUUCCGAGGCGAUGCUUUGACUGGACCUACGGCCAAGACAACUGAGCAAAUGCAAAACACCUCCCUGUGGUGCACUCAGACCUUAAGACAGUGCGUCUAAACGACACCGUAGGAACAGUAGUUGGUCCGAUGCGACUUCCCCUGAACUGUCUCUGCCAUUUCGGUGCAUCCAGCCCGUAACUUGACUCGACCAUUCUUUGAUGCACAUUGAAGACUUCUUUGCGAAUCCCACUGCACUGCACCAGUGCCCACAGACAUGUAAGUGAUUGUAUGUAGAGCUCUCACAUGUACUGUAUGCUCUUCAAAUCAUGUCGAGACCUUUCAGACAGACUCUUAAGAAAGGUACAAAUUAAAAGAGAAGCUAGUGGGGACAACAAAACCCAAAAAGGAUUUCAAAGCGAAGGCUUAAUAUGUCUUUUAAUAAGAUUUGUUCCCCCCACCCCCCCUAAAAAAAUAUUUUAAUGCGUGGAAUGUGUUUUGGUCACGAAAAAAAAAAGAACAUUGUUCCAAGCUGUCUAAUUGUUUGAACUGCUUAAAUGAGUAAUGCUGUAGUCUCUGUUCUUUGCUUCAUCAUUCAAACGUUAUUAUUUGAAUUUUGUUUCCAAUACCGCCAUGACUAUUUAGCUAAACAAUUGUUUUCCCAGGUCACAUCAUGUUUAUUCAGUUUUUGUUACGCAACAUGGGGUUCCGCAACAGUAUUUUCAAAGGUUUAAGCAUAGUGGAACCAGCAGCAAAGGAAGGAAUGUCAUGAGCAAUCAGUUUUGGAAUAUAUUACAAUUUCUUUUUUCUGUAAUGUUUAGUGUACUGUUUAUAUGACUUGUUUUUAAAGUGCCAAUUAAUUCCAACAAGACCAUUAAGGUGCAUUUCAGCUCAGAAGAAGCGGGUGCGGUACAGAACAUUUUGGUGAAAAAUGCAAUCAAAGCUGUUUUCGCCGACAUUUAAACAUUUCUAAUGUUAGAUGUUUAGAGUUUUCAGUUUAUAUUUAAGAACAAAAAUGUUGUGCAUUAGAGAACUCGGCCAAAGCGUUAGAUGUUCUUUUCCUAUGUUAUUAGGCUGCAGUAGAGCUACUGAAUGGCAAAUAGAACACAUACGUUUAUAAAGGUUUUAUUUAGUAUAAAUGAGAGACAUUGUUAAUGAACAAAUGUAUAUUUUACAUGUUAAUGCUAUUUUUGUUAAACAAAAAGGAAACUGUAUCAUGAUGAGCUAUAGUGCUGAGCUUAUUUUCUUUAAACAUGCCAACAAACUCUUUUGCUUUACGUCAUCUACAUAUUUGGUUCAUUUUAUUUGCUGGUUAAAAUAACAAAAAUUUGGCAAGUUCUUGAUUAAAAAGAAGCAUGCACAAACUUGCUCCCGUGCUAUUUGUUGCCUUUUCUUUUCUUUUCAUUUUAA